AAAAUUAUCCACAUUAUUUUGCAGAGUGUUUGGUUGCCAAUUGCAGAGACAAAAAGAGCACAAAAAAGAGCACUCGAAAUCCUCGCGUUAGAAGUCUCGCUGAGAGACUACAUUCCUUCCUUAUCAAGUGAUAGUCUCACAAGGCACCAGCCUCGGUACCUACCUACCCAAAAUGUCCUCUGAAGAAGCGAAAGGCAAGGAAAAUGCUGGCGCCACGACGGCUCCAAAAGUAACAAACCCCAAGGACAGUAGUAGUUGUACUCGCGAAGAAUUGACCGAGCUGGUCCGUGCCAUCAAGUUUGCCAAGCCCGAUGCCAGCAUGAGAGCGGUCCACCGCGAGAUUUCGCAAGAGUUGUCCAAAAAGGCAGGGUUUGAAUUUUUGUCUCAGAUUGGUUUGAAUGACGUCAAAAAGAUUUGGAAAAAAGCCGUCACGGCGGCCAACAAGCAAACUUCGUCCGAUGUCCUCAAGCUGUACACGGUCGGGGAUGCCAGUGUGCGAUUGUUGGCUCAAGAGUACUCACAGACAGCAGCCGCCUCGGAGGCUGCCAAAACCAACGAAGAUGGAAAACUAAUGUUGGAAAAUUUUGUGCACUUGUUUGAUGGAGUCCCCAUGGAUCGAUCCGGUUCGAGGCCUCAUCAGGCUCUCAUCAAUUUCAACGACAAUAAUCAAAAGAAGCAGAGCGAGGAAAAGAACAGCAGUGGAGACGAAAAGAAAGAUGACAACAACAAUGGAAGUUCCAAAGACGAAAGAGGGAUCAUUGUGAAAGUGCAAGUGGCUGCCUCGGACGAUGAGUCGGUACUGUAUCCAAUGCUCCUUUACAGUCAAGACCGAUCCCUGAAAACAUUCAUCCAUCCGGACCCAGAAGAUGAUGGAUAUCAGAAAAUUCGAAAAUGGAUCAUGGAGGAUGGUAAGGGUGGAUCUUUGGGCCAUACGGGUGGUAAUAAGGCGUACUUUUAUGCUCGUUUGACCAAACGAAAAAAGGGUGCUGGUUCGAUCAUUUCCGUUGAUGUGACGGGGCUGGCACCAGAGCAGACUUGGUGAGAAAAUUUUAUAAAGGCAGCAAAGUGACGAUGGAACCAUAGGAAUCGAAUCCCCCUGACUGUCAGGAUGAGAUUAAUAAGCGGAAUCUGAGUGUCAGUUGGCUGGUGGAGCAUGCUCUCGGUUGGUUGACUGGCCAUUUUCCAACCGCCUAAAUCUGCAACACCAAUAAACGUUUUCCCAUCGUAUACUUCCUAUCUAGGUCGCUAUUCCCGCUGUAGCUAUCGCCUUCUGCUGCUUCAAUAAGACCGACGAGACAUUAGCCUGCCUUCCCUGAAACUCGCUUCGUUGAAAUGCACUGGCUAAAUCGAAGCAAGCCUCAGCAGCAAUAAUGAAGGUAUGGUUUUGUGAUUUGCCCUUUCUGACAUAAUCUAUAGUAGCUAGCUUACGGAUAGUCGGGCCCGUCGUUUGCACUUGGACAAGGUGGUAUCGUAUGUUUCUCUGGGCUGCGAUGAGAGCACACAGACAGCGUGGAAAACAGCUAUGGGACUUUGGGAGUCCUACAAUGAAAGGCAAACCUUUAGUUUCCGAGCCACAGUAGGGGUAGCAGUAGUAGUACUAGUAGUAGUCUUCG